GUUCACGUACAACCUUUUCACGUGGCAGACCAAAAAUGACCUCACUCCGCUUCCUUCCAACCAUGCCGCUCUCGAAUAUCCAACAAAAAAUCCGACGAAUCACGCAAUCCAAUCUUCACACUUUCACUCUCCUUAAUUUCACAAUUUAGUUCUUUCUGGAAAAUAAAGAUGACGGCAUCGCCCGUGGUGGCGAUACUUCCUGCUCCUCAGCUUUCAUCCAAUAAUUUCAACCGCUUUUUUAUUGCUCCAUAUCGUGCGUCCUCCAUCAUAGGAUUGAACUCGAGUAAAAGACCUCCCGCUGAAUUUUUCGGGCAGAAUAGUUUCAGUAAGACAAGGGAGCAUCACAAGAUUAGUCCUGCUAAGGUCUAUGCUCGUCGUGCUGAAGAGCAGCGUGUGAUCGAGGAAGAAGCUCCUCAAAUGCUGGAGACUUUCCCUUCAUUUGAAAUUACCCCUGGUCUUGCUCAUCCACUUGGAGUAUCAGAAAUUGAAAGUGGAAUAAAUUUUGCAAUUUUUUCUCAGCAUGCUUCUGCAGUUACACUUUGUGUAAUUCUUCCGAAGAGGUUAGGCUGAAAUCAUGCUUUUGGAUUG